CCCAUACCUAGGCGUGCGAGGCGCGCCGUAGCCCGUGCGGGGGUCGUGGUUUCUCGGUCGCUGGAGCAUGCACGUUUGACGUUUCUGCAUUUGCCAGUGAUCUGUAGUGCGCGCGGAGCGCGUGUUGUAUUCUCGUGAUAUUUUAUAGGUGACGGUAACCGAUACACGACUCCAGAGCCGGCUUCAAAAUGUCAAAUCGAGCAUGGGUAACGUUGGCGACGAACGACUCGUACGGUCUAGGAGCUCUGGUGUUGGCGCACUCUCUCCGUCGUGCCGGCUCGGCUGUCCCUGCCGUGGUACUCAUCACGCCCUCCGUUACUGAUGCUAUGAGGGAGCGUCUCGGCGCCGUCUUCGCUGAGGUGAUAACAGUAGACGUGUUGGACUCCGGAGACGCGGCGCACCUGGCCCUCCUGCAGCGGCCGGAACUUGGCAUCACCUUCACCAAACUGCACUGCUGGAACCUCACGCAGUAUGAGAAAUGCGUGUUCCUCGAUGCUGAUACUUUGAUUGUCCAGAACUGUGAUGAGCUUUUCGACCGUGAAGAGCUCUCCGCGGCCCCCGACGUGGGCUGGCCCGACUGCUUCAACUCCGGAGUGUUCGUGUUCAGACCAUCCGCAGAAACGUUCAGCAACAUCAUCAAAUUCGCCCAGGAACGCGGAAGCUUUGAUGGUGGUGAUCAAGGUCUCCUGAACUUAUAUUUCUCGGACUGGGCUCACGGUGAUAUCAACAAACAUCUGCCCUUCCUCUACAAUGUAACAUCAGCAGCGUUCUACUCCUAUCUGCCUGCGUUGAAACAGUAUGGUAGGGAUCUCAAGAUUAUCCACUUCAUCGGCGCCUCCAAACCCUGGCUUCAACAUUACAACUGGCGGACCCACACCGUCGAUGCUCCGGACCAUCUGCGCGAGUUCCUUCAACUGUGGUGGAGCCUCUUCACCUCUGAAGUCCACACUAAGCUAGACUCCGCCAUGGUCGAAGCGGAGGAACAAACUCCGCUAGAUUACCACCAUGAGCCAGAAUAUCUAGAAGAAGAGUAUAUAGAUCAAGAUUUAAACACUGGUCAUUACGAAGCCACGCUCAAUCCUCUAUCCGAAUUUCAUUGGCAUCAUCCAGACAAACAAAUACAGUUUCCCUCAGAAGAUGAACCCAUUGUUGAUAUGACUGAAUAUCAUGACCCCUGGGAUACCUACAGGGGACAUAUACCCCCGAUGUCUAAUAAUGCAGAACAAGAAGUGCCGCAAAUGGAUUACCAUGAAGUCAGAAAAUAUGCAUGGGAAUAUAUGCCUCCUGUUCAUAAAGAUAAUCAUAGUCAUAAUGCACCACAAAUUGAAAGUCCUUUCAGAGAACAGACGUAUCAUGAAACUCAUCACUCUAGCCAGGCAUAUGAUACUACAAGUUCGCAGGUAGAAAGAUACAGUAAUAAUGAAUACCGACCUGAAAUUCGACAAGAAGUUCAAAGUAAUCAUCAACAGCACUUCAAACAAUAUCAUGCAGAAAAAGCAAAUUACCAUCAUCAUGAACCACAGAAGCCAUAUCAUAAUCAAGAAAGUUAUCCCAGUAACUCACAGUAUACUGAUAGAAUAAGCCAUUUAAAUAGUAAUACUAAUCAAACUCCUAGUCAAAUAACGCAUAGUGCAAAUAAUAUUCAUAAAAACCUAACAACUUUCAGUGAAAGUUAUUCUCAGUCAAAUAAGGUUAGUAAUAAUAAGGUUGAAGAAAUUGUAAUAUUUAAUAACAAUCAAGAACCAAUUCAUAAGUUUACGCCGUAUGUGUAUUCUGUGCAUUUAGAUUAUACAACAAAUGAUUGCGAACAUCAAAUGAACGGCUAUAUCUCGGAUGAUGAAUGCGAUAUGUAUGAAGAAAUACUGCCUAGACAUCCAUAUGAUGGUUUUUACUUACGACACCAAAACACAAUUGACUCCAGGGGGAGAAAAAUUUGUUCGCACGAAAUACAUUACGCACCCCAUUCUCCGUCUCCGACGCCACCUAGUCCAGAAGUGUUCGAAGACGCACUAGAUUUUCCUGAAGAGAUAAAUGAAAGAAAUGGGGAAAAUCACACGGGAGUGGCGGGUCAUCUGGCGCGCAUCGGUGAAGAUUUGCAGAGCGAAGCGAUUGAUGAGCUAUCUCGCCGUCAAGGUUGGGAAGCUGGCAACAUUGACUACAUGGGUGCUGACUCUUUUGACAAAAUUUGGGCAAAAAUAUCUCAGACCCUUAGUCAAGGACCUAGUUCACCGCCAAAACAGCAGUCUCCUCCGCUUGCUCAGCCAUCUGUUGGAGGUAAAGAUGCUAGUCCAUUAAAAGAAUCUCCUCCUGCACCUGCAUCAGCCCCAAAAGAUUUACCUAAAGAAGAACCCCAGCCGGUGCCAGUUGAAACAAGUACUGAAAAAUCGACACCGACUGAACCCCUCCCCGCAUCCAAAGAUACAGAACAAAAAGUGGAUGUAAUCCCAAGUGAACCAGUCGAACCUGUUACUAAGGAACUGGCCCAACCUGAGUCCCUUCCUGUUCAAAUCAAAACAGAUGCUACGACUCUAGCCACAGAAGAAACGAGUCCACAAACUCUUGAAAGAAACACGGAAGUGAAAGCACCUUCUGAAGCAUGCGUUCCUAAUCCAACUGAGCAAUCAGUCCCAUUACCUAUCGAACCAGAAAAAGUAGAGACGCAACCACAAGACCUUGCGAAAGCACCAGAAGCAGAACCUAAGACUCUGCCUUCAGAAUCCCUUCCAAAACCAGUCGAAGCCGAAUCCAAAACGUCUCCUACAGAAGAUAAGCCUGCCGAGGUUGAGAAAAAAGAAUUACCUUCAGAAACUAUUCCUGCACCUGUUGAAGCAGUCGAUAAGGCACUGCCUGCAGAAGUCGCUCCAACUCCUGUCGAAUCAGAACCUAAAGCAAAACAAGAUAUAGUCCCUCCUAAAACAACCGAAGCAGAUGCUAUGGAACAAAUUCCUGUCCCUGAACCAACUAAAACAGAAGUUGCUACCAGUGAAGAAAAGACUGAAACAGUUUCUGAUAUUCCAGUAUCAGGUUUAGAAGCGCUAAAAUUAGACGACAAAGCAGGUGCAUCUGAUAGUCCACUCCUAGCUACUACACCCUCGAAAGAUGAAGCCCCUGCAGCGCCGGCAGCAAAAUCGGAGGAGCGGCGCAAGUUGGAGAAGCUGCAGCUGCACCCCCCCGCCGCCGCUGACCCCCUCCCCACCCCGGACAGCGAGCUCGAGGACGCGGCGUCGCUCGCCCAGUCCAUCAUUGCCAUCGAGCUGCGAACUACCGUCACCUCCCCCUCACCCACCACGGAACCCUCGCCCAAGGCCACGCCCGAGCCUAGGAACCUCCUCGUCGAGGGGCCCGAGGUGCCCACGCCCCCGGUCGGAGCCGUCUCCCUCAGCCAGAUCGGGAUCAAGCCCAAAUCGAAGCCGACCACGGCGGCCCAAAUAGAGUCAUCAGUCUCCAAGGUCGAGGUUCAGACUCCGCCCACGCCGACGGAGGAUCCCAAGAAGAAGCUAGUGAAAAAGGUGGUGAAGAAAGAGGCGGCCCCGAGCGGCGAGGCCCCCGUGCCCCCGCCGCGUAAAAAAGAAAAGAAGCCGAAAGAUAAAUAAACUCGCGUCCGUCCUUAACGUUCCUUCUGUGCCAUAUUAACCUUACCAAACUAUGUACUGUGCUUAUGUGUAUCGGCGUAACUCACUAUUUUAAGAUUAUCACUUUAUUGUACUGUUGAAAAGAUUUAUACGAUGAAAUAUUUUAUACAAUUAGAUAUUUAUUUCGAUGUUAUUUAAUCUGUGUGAUGUAUUUGGUUUUAUAAAUUGAUGUAUUUUACCAAAGGCAUGAGACAUAAUAUGUAACAACUUUGUAUUAAAUUAUAUUUUAAAUUAC